UAUCCCUGUGAUUCACGCCUGCAAGGUUCAUACAUGUAUAUCAGAGUUCGCUUCCUUGCAGUACACAUUUGGUUCUUUUCAUAUACAUGUCUCUCCAGUCUCAAGUCCUUACACUUAAAUGCCAACUUUCGCGAGGUGGCCACAACCCAGUCUCUCAAUUUACUCCUUACUUUUCGAUUCUGAUCAAAUUCAAGCAUGUCGUUCACCUUCCAGGUGCAGAAGAUCAAUCAGUCUUUCGACCAGAUUGCAACAUGGUACCACGAGUUCAUGCGUAGAACAGAGUCGUGUUUUCGGAAAAUGCACGAACGCAUCCUUGUUCUGGAACAGAAACAGAACACACAACGGCCUACGGACGAGCAAGUCGAGCGUGUGCUACGCAAGAUCCUAGACGAAAGAUUUUCGAACCUCGCCACGCAUCAUGUCCGGAAGCACGACACUAUGCAAGACCGCAGUUGGUUCGUUAGAGAUCCCAACGACUUCCCCUAUCCCAGAUCGGUCAAAAUGGACGUCGCUUCGCUCCUCAUUCAACCGGACGCAGUUCCUUCCAAGGCCUACUCAGAAACAUUUCGGAUGCUUGAGAAUGGGCUAAAAGGCUUUCCUAGCGACCACUCAAUGGAAUCGGACGACGAAGAAGAUUACAAGAUUAACGUUGGAAUAAGAGACGGUCGCUCUUCACGUAGUGUCUGAGUUGCAGAAGGCUCCGUUUCGGCAUAAGCCCACCCUAUCUCCACUUCUAGCAAACUCGCCAAAGAUCUUCACUUCACGGCUUUGACUCUUAGAUAGUACCAUACGAUC